GUCCCUCAUGCUUCUUAGUCCUUGGUCCUCAACCUCAAACACAAACCUUUGUAGCAUCCUCAACAAACCGAACAUGGCCGCAGAGAUGGCUCUUGUGAAACCAAUUUCCAAUGUGACUCCGAAAUUUGGCAGCCCCAGAAUAGGUUCAUACUCCAAAUUCAGCAGCAUAAGAAUGUCUGCCACCGCUACCCCACCACCAUCCACCUCCGCAAAGGCAAGCAAGAAAGGGAAGAAUGUGAUCAAGGAGAGCCUUCUGACGCCAAGGUUCUACACCACCGACUUCGAUGAGAUGGAGACCCUUUUCAACACUGAGAUCAACAAGAACCUCAACCAAGAGGAGUUUGUGGCCUUGCUUCAGGAGUUCAAGACUGACUACAACCAGACCCACUUUGUCAGGAACAAGGAGUUCAAGGAAGCCGCUGACAAAAUCGAAGGCUCCCUCAGACAGAUCUUCGUCGAGUUCCUUGAGAGGUCCUGCACUGCUGAAUUCUCUGGCUUCCUUCUCUACAAAGAGCUUGGAAGGAGGCUCAAGAAAACCAACCCUGUGGUGGCUGAGAUUUUCUCUCUGAUGUCCAGGGAUGAAGCCAGGCAUGCUGGGUUUUUGAACAAGGGUUUAUCUGAUUUCAAUUUGGCUCUGGACUUGGGUUUCUUGACCAAAGCUAGAAAAUACACGUUUUUCAAGCCCAAAUUUAUCUUCUAUGCUACAUACUUGUCAGAGAAAAUUGGGUACUGGAGAUACAUAACCAUUUACAGACAUCUCAAGGCCAACCCUGAGUAUCAGUGUUAUCCCAUUUUCAAGUACUUUGAGAACUGGUGCCAGGAUGAGAACAGGCAUGGAGAUUUCUUCUCCGCCCUUAUGAAGGCACAGCCACAAUUUCUAAACGAUUGGAAGGCAAAGUUGUGGGCUCGCUUCUUCUGUCUCUCGGUUUAUGUCACUAUGUAUCUUAAUGAUUGCCAACGUACGGCUUUCUAUGAAGGCAUUGGACUUAACACAAAAGAGUUUGACAUGCAUGUCAUCAUUGAGACAAACCGCACAACGGCUCGGAUUUUCCCAGCUGUUCUUGAUGUUGAAAACCCAGAAUUCAAGAGGAAGUUGGACAGGAUGGUGGAGAUAAACGAGAAGAUUCUCGCUAUUGGUGAGAGUGAUGACAUACAGUUGGUGAAGAACUUGAAGAGGAUUCCACUGGUUGCUGCCUUGGUGUCUGAAAUCUUGGCUGCAUAUUUAAUGCCACCAAUUGAAUCAGGGUCUGUAGAUUUGGCAGAGUUUGAACCACAACUUGUGUACUGAAGUUGUGUAUAAUUUGAUUAAGUUCUCCAUGUUCUUCUGAUCUCCAUCAAAAUGUUCAUCUUCAGUGCUACUAGUAUUGCUGCCAAAGUAAAUUAUGGUUGUAUAAGACAGUGAGGAAACGUUUACCACGAUGAGGUCCUUUUUAGUUUUAAUCAUAUUUUUUUCUCCAAUCUUCCUUUUGUAUCUCCAUUUUGGAUUCAUAGAAGUUCAUUAGGAAUCUUAGCCUUAUGAGGUACUUAUCAGGAAACGAUAUUUUCCUCACUCUUAUGUUCCAAUUGAAUGCACUUGUCUUAACAGCAAAUAUUGAUCAUAUUUCCCUCAAA